UCAUCAAAUCCAUCCAUUCAGUCGCGAUCGUGAUCUCGGUCCAUCAGUGUCUGGACGUUUGAAGUUAUCCAUGUGACUGGUUCCUUCCCCAAAAGAACCGAAAGUUAGUGUCGUUGCGUACUGAAUUACAUUAUAUCGGUUGACAUUUUGUGAAUUCUUCUCAGUGAAGUUUAUCAGCGAGCGUUUUUUGUCGGUGAAUGAUAAAUAACUCUUGAAGAUCAUACAAUUUUUGUGUGGCCUUUUCCUUUUCUCCACUUGACUUGUAAAGCAAAAUACGGCUACCACGCAAGCGUAACCUAAUCAGCCUUUACAUUCACUUUUCCCACACCGAGACACAGUGAGUGACCCACACACUCAUACAGGCGCCCGUGUUGUGUUGUGACGAAUGAGAGAGUACAGUCGGGUAGUCAUAGCAGCAGCGCUCCUCGGAGAAGUGCACUUUUUUUUUUUAUUGUUGUUCUUGCGCUGUUAUUCACCGCGCGCUCUGUCACUUGAUGUCACGCGCGCGCACUCCUCUUAUUCGGGAAGGCUUCUUCGUUGCACAAAACAGGUUUUUGUUUGUGUCUGAGUGUGUGUGCGCCUGUAUUUACGUAUUCUUGACCAAGAGCCUACUUUCUAUGAUCCGUAGAUUGUAACGAUAAAUAUGUGGAGCAGUGUCGCGUCCGAUGGAUCAACAAUGGCACACUUUUGGAGCGUUUAGUGGAACACUGUGAACGCACAACGGGUGGGCAUCACUUCCGGAAAAGGGUUGCAAGGUGUUGUAAGGUGAAAGGUCAACUUGUUCAAGAUCUAUAUUGGAAUAGGUGUCGGAAUGAGACGAGUUAAAGUAGACUCAAAGUGAAUAACAAAGAAGAAGUGAAAAGUAAUACAGUCAGAACGUAAAGUGUGUGUUUGUUUAUCCCAUUCUGUGUAGUUUAUGUCUGUUGCUUUCUUGGUUUGGCUGCCCGAAGCGUCGUAUUCGACAAGGAGGAACAGGUGCGUUUGAAACGAUUUCUCCUCGUCGUUCCUCCCCCUAUCCGUCAGGAAAUAGAUGUGAUGCUGAUGGAGCCGCAUUUGCAGACUUAGGUGGAAACUAAUUGUGGAUAAUUGUGAAAUUAAAUUCCUGCGUUGCUUGGUUCACUGGCCGAGUGAUCUUCGGUGGAACUCGAAAGGCGACAACAACGCGGUGCUGUGUCUUUUUUUAUCUUACUCCAAGUGUCAACGUGUUUCUCGAUGGUGGUGGAACCAGUGCAGUGAGGAGUUCCAACGCGCUCCAACUCCGCUCGACAGAAACCCGACAUUAACUGUGGCAGCAGCGGCCAUAGCUCUCCGACAACGACGAAGUUAAGCCAACCGAAAACGCGUUCGCGUUUGUACCAGAUUUCGCAGCUGUGGACCGGAAAGCAAUACACAAAGUGCUCUUGUUCGUGUUUUGUUAGAUUUGUAGUUGUUUUGGUUUUUGUUGCUGCAACGCAACAACAGCGCAGUGAGUGAAUAAAACAGGGGAAAAAACAGUGCGAAAAGUGAUUGUUCGUGUAGAGCGCGCAAAAAAAAAAAAAGAAAAAUGAAUACGACGAGGUGAGGUAAUAGCAGCGGAAAAAAUAUUACCUGUGCAAAAAUAAAGCUGAAAAAAAAUCGCAAAUUGUGUUUGUAUCGAAAGCGGAGCUGUUCGAUUGUUAGGGUGGUGUUUGGAUCUGGUGGAGCACCGGAGGAGGAGCAUCGGUGCGUUGGCUUACGGUUUUCGAAAAACGAAAGUUGCAACGCACGCAACGCAGGUUUUAUGGAAAAGGAGUUUUUCCGCAAGAAAACGGUACGCAUUGGCGUUGUUGUUGCUGUGUGAGGGGAGAAUAGUUACAUACCCAGUGUCUAGUGCUGAAGUUGUUUCGUUGGUUACAAACUAGUUUACUAUAAAAUCUCUCCCCUGCCUCGUGCUUCCUCAUCUUCGUCGGCGAAAAGACACAACACGCGGUGUUUUUUGCGCAUAGGAACCGGUUUGCGAAUUUGCUGCCGCACUGUCAUUCUUCGCUGGGGGAUUUUAUACGUUCCGAGAUUUGAAGAUCUGAUGUGCUUCGACAACGCUCGACUUGAUUGAAUCGUGGUUUGACGAUCCACGAUUAAGAUGCAACCAACGCAGGAAGCUCCAUCAACUGUGGGGUGGCCCCUAUCGCUGUCCGGUUCCGGAUUUAUCGGCGAACGUGACUGAGAUCCGAAAAAAAACACUUGUUAAACAAAACCCCCCCCAAAAAAAAAAGAGGAAAUAGAGCGACCGCGCCGCUACAAGGGAAGGAGAGUGCUAAUGCAAUUAGUGAAUUUUGUGAGCUGCAGUAAAUCUCGCACUCGCAAACCGUAACUUCCGUAUAACCUCUCUCUCUGGUCUCUGGUCCUCCUUCCGAAACAUUUAAACAAACGCGGGCGCGCGUUUGUGUGUCGGAGAGCGCGCGCGAAAUCCCAACAAUUGCCGCCACCACGAAAGCAACGCGCGAACAAACACAAGAUCAUCAUCGUCAUCCUCAACAUCAUCGCGGCGCGUAAUCAUUGGGAGAAGUAACGAAUCAGUAGCAGUGGCAGUGGCCGAAAGUUGAGCUUCGAUAUCAGCAAAAUGGAGCACUCCGAUUUAGUUGCCGAGAUGGCUCAGGUCGAGCAUCUUUCAACGCAGGAUCGUCUGCAUCUCGCGCGGAUGCGACGCGCGCAACAGCUGAAGGUGGCCAAACAGCGCGAGAAGGAAUGGCUCAAGGCCCAGCGGAGCAAGGACCGGAUGGGCAAUCAGCAGCACAUGUCCUCCUACAAGCGGCACAUCACGUUCGAGGAUAGCGUGGUGCUGCUGGAAGCCGCCGCUCGGAACGAUAUCGCCGAGGUGGCCAAACUGCUGCAGAAAGGGGUCACUCCGGACGCGACCAACAUGGACGGGCUGACGGCGCUGCAUCAGUGCUGUAUCGAUGACAACGCCGAGAUGCUGAACCUGCUGCUGGACUUCGGAGCGAACGUGAACGCCCAGGAUAGCGAGCGGUGGACACCGCUCCAUGCGGCCGCCACCUGCGGUCAUCUCAAUCUGGUGAAGAUUCUGAUUGCCCGCGGAGCCAAUCUGCUGUCGGUGAACGCCGACGGGAACAUGCCGUACGAUAUCUGCGACGACGAGGAAGCUCUGGACUACAUCGAGGCGGAGAUGUCCAAGCGAGGGGUGACGCAGGAGCUGAUCGACGAGACGCGGGCGGCCACCGAGACGCAGAUGCUGAAGGAUCUGCAGGACAUUGCCGCCCAGGGUGGAGAUCUGGAAGUACCUGACAGCCAGGGCGCGACGCCGCUACACAUAGCGUCGGCCAAUGGCUACACGAGAGCGGUAGAGUUCCUAUUAGAGCAGCACGUGUCGACGGACGCGGUGGACCACGACCUCUGGACACCGGUCCAUGCUGCCGCUUGUUGGGGUCACCUGGAAGUAUUGGAGAUGCUAGCGCAGAGUGGCGCAGACCUGAAUGCCAAAAAUAAGAACGACGAAACGCCUUCCGACAUUUGCGAAGAUCCGGAGAUUCGGGAACGAAUAGAACAGCUCAAGUCCGAGCAGGAGAGCAAACGUUUGGCGGAAGCCCAGCGCAAAAGAGUCCGGCGAUCACAGAGCAAUAACACCAGGGCACAAUCGGUGCGGCGAACUUCGUUGCGAGACAAGGGUCUCACCACCAAGAAGGACGCCGUCGAGGAAGCCCGCUUUCGAUUACAAGCGCAAGAGGGCUACACAACGCCGGAUGGUGCGCCCCCACCGGCGGCGAACAACGCGACUACAAACGGUGAUAACAACAACCAAUCAGCGUGGUCCUCUUGUGCUAACACUUCCGCUAAUAAUAAUUCCUCUUCCAUCAAUUCCCCAGCCGUCAAUAACAGCAUCAAGAAUAGCAAUGGUCACCUCAACUCUGUAAAUAACAAUAACAGCCUCAACAACGGCAAAACGAAUAACGGCACGAACGUAACGUUGAAUAACGGACUGAACAUCAACAAUACUCGUUACAACAAUCAUCUGAACAACAACAACAACAACAACAAUAACAUCAGCCGGAAGGAUCAAAACUAUGGCGGCCACGGAACGAACACGACCUCAUCGUCUUCGUCGGCCUAUUCGACGUCUUCUUCGCAGCCAACAUCGCUCAUCCAGUACGAUCGCCGCUCGCCGGAGGGAAAGGACAACGACUCGUUCAUGAGUGAGGGCAGCAACGGCGCCGCCAAGAUGCUCAACAUCCACAACAACAACAUCAAUGGUAAUCUAGUCAGUAGCAAUAGUAGUAGUAAUCAGCAAUCAAACAUUCCAAAUGCGGCCACUGCCACGACUACGACGGAAGUGUACUCAACCUCCAACAACGAGAACGGCAAGAUCAACGUCCAGGUCACGGUUUUAGUAGAUCCAUCUGUCGCAGGAACAUUGGCCGACCUGAAGAAGCACCGCUCGCAGAACCGUUCCAGUGUGAGUCCGGAGAAUGGAUCGCUCCUGAGUGGCCAAAGCCUGGGCAGCUUAAACCAGAAUGGCGGCGCCCACAACAACGCCAUGGGACAGCCGCUGGAACUGGCGCUGGUUUCCGCCGCUGCCGCGGAUCAUCACCAUCACUACACGACGACGCAUCAUCACGGCGGCGGCGGCGGCAGCAGCGGCAAUGGCAGUAUCACCGGCGGAGACAAAUCUGCCAUUUCCACGCUCAGCCGGGCCACCGGAAAUGGGUCACUGCUCAUGGCGGCAGGGACAGUCGAGGGCAACAACAGCACACCCAGUGGGACACUGAACAAGUUCAGUGGCAAUACCAGUGACGUCGUCAGCGAUAGCACCCGCUCCCGGAGGUGCUGCGUCGUGAUGUAACUCAAUCGAGAUGGACGAUCGAGGUUCGCAAAAUGAAGAGAGAAAAAAGGUAAGAGAUUUAGGAGCAAUCAGCAAAAAAAAACCAAGAAACGAAAAGCAUGAGUUUAUAUACAAUAUGCAAAAAGGGAGAGUGUUAUUUAGCAUAGAUAUAGAGCUGAAAGGCAACUGAAAGUUGUGAUAUACGAUUUUUGUAGGAUAGUCAUUUAUUUUUUUCCCGAUUCGUUUUGAUUUGGUGGCUUCUGGCUCCUAUACACAGUCUCGCGGGAAGAGGAAGCCACCAUCCACGAUUUGAGAGCAUGAUUUCGUUAGUAUUAUUAUAUUCAAAUUUAGGAAUGCAAAGAACAAAAAAAAAUGGGAGCGGGAUAAAUGUGUGUAGAUAGAGUGCGCGUAUCGGCUGGAACAAAAUUCAUCAUGUAUUCAGUAUUCAAGUAACUAGAUUAGUGUACUUAAAAAGGGAAAUUUUCUGUUUCGAGCUCCAUUCGCCGAUAAAUGGGGAGAAGAAAGGUUAGGAUUUUUUGUAUUAUUAUUAUUAUUGUCAGAAUUGCAUGAGCCACUCUUUCGAGUGAAUAAAAUCUUAUAAAAUAUAGUGGUGUUUAGGGAGGACCUGUGCGGUGCGGAGUGAAAUAUUACUGACAGCUUCUUAUUUCCUCCUUUGUCCUGAUCGUCAGUGCUUUUCCUAAAAUUUAUGGUGAGCCUUAUCGGAAUGUUGUUUUUCAUUUCCAUAUAUCCUAUUACGGAGACGAAUGAAUCAUUAUGAAGAUUUAUGUGAAGUCUUUGUAAACAGAAAAAGACGAAAAUAUGACCAAUCUUAGUUGAGACAAUUUUUUCAUAAUAACGAAUCAAAAAUUUAAAAAACCUUUUCAUUGAAAAAUCAUAACAUGAGAAAUUCUGCUUUAAUCGAAAUGUGUAUUUUUACAGAGUUGAUUGAAACUUCGUUGGAUAAUCACCGAACACUAUUCAUAAUAUGCAAUUUUUCAUUAGCUCACUUCCUUCUCAGCUUCGUUCAUACAUGGUUCUUAUUUCUCUUAAAAUUACCAAAAAUGGUAAAGCAGUAGCAAACCAAUAAGAAUGUUAUGAAACCCCCUCGGGCAAAUCUGAAGCACCCAAGCUGUGGAUCUCGUGGUUGUGUGAUUUUCUUCUUCUUCAAUGGCACUAACGUUCCUAGAGGAACUUCGCCGUCUCAACGUAGUAUUACUUGCGUCAUUUUUAUUAGUACUUAGUUGAGAUUUCUAUGCCAAAUAACACGCCUUGAAUGCAUUCUGAGUGGCAUGUUCUAGAAUACGCGUGAUCACAGUGCAAGUCGGAGGAAAUUUCUUUGACGAAAAAUUCCCCCGACCAGAACGGGAAUCGAACCCGAACACCCGGCAUGUUAGUUAUGACGCUAACCACUCGGCCAAGGGAGCACAUUUGGUUCUUUACCCUAAUAGAAUUAGAAUGUUUUGAAUAUACCCAAAAUUUUUAGCACGGGUUUCGUGUCUUCCCCCAGAAUAUCGAAAUAUCGAUCCUUUGUUCCAUCUAUAAAAUACAAAUUUCCAACACCAACUGUAGACAUAACAUCCCAAACCAUGAAGGAACCGCCACUGUUUUUGACGAUUGAUCAAAAAUUCUUUCGUUUGAACUUUUCAUUUAGUCAAACCCCAGUAACAUUUCCGGCCGGUUUAUUUUAAAUUCACCGCAUUCAACAAAGCCCUCGUUACCCUCGAGAACUAAUUUUCCUUGAAGUGCUUGACUUGACCUCUACGAGGGCAGUCCGAUAAGUACUUAGCCUACAAAAAAAACAAAAAUUUUGGAAAAGUGGCGAGUUAUUUCUCAGCAUACACUCUGUCCAACUUCUAUAAAACCAUCCUGAUUAUAUUUCGUUCCAACACAAACAGUUAGAAUUUCAACAAGAUACAUUCAUACAUUGUAGAAUGCAUAGAAUAAAGUAUAUUUAACGUCAAUUUAUUGUGCUUGAAUAUGAUAGUUUCAGCUGUCCAAUUUCUAUAAGACCAUUUCAAAAUUCAUAUGUAUUUUCAAUGAAAAAUUCAAAACUACUACCUGAUUUACAUGUCAAUAAUUGGCAACCUUGCCAUUUUGGACUUAUAAACUGGAAAAUUCGCGUUGGCAUACUAUUUACCAAUUUUUUCUGAACGGAUUUCUCGAUAUUUUUCCGUUUUUCAAAAAUGUGACCUUGAGCUCUUCAAUCGUGGUGUACCGCUUUCCCUCGGUGUAGAUUCUGCGUACAAGGAUCCCUCUAAGAUUUUCAACAGCAUUCAAGUCUGGAGAGCGAACCAGUCAACCCAAAAAAUUGAGUUUUUAGUCCUUAAAUCCAUUGCUUAGUUUCCUUGCUGGUAUGAAUGGUAGCAUUGUUUGUGAAUUGUGAAUUUUUUGUGACGAUAUCCACGGAAAAACGGUAGGAGAGAGGAUUCCAGAGCAUAAAUGUAAUCCCGCCCGAACCUUGCACGAGACUCCACCAAAAUUCCUGGUUUAAAAUUACUGUUCCUCUUUCCGUAAAUCACGCCAGUACCCGGUGAAACCAUCAGGACCAUCCAAAUUGAACUUUUUUUCGUCACUGAAGAUAAACUAGCAAAGAUAAAAGUAAAAAAAAUAACUCAAGAACUUUUCGUUAUGGAAUAUAGUAAAAUGUAUUCUUUUGAAAACUUUCCUUGUCGUGACCACGUCCCACUAUUGAUUCAUGUGAGCUGUGGCAAAUCUCAGUUGUCGUUCGAUGUGGGAUGGUGUAUGAUUAGAAGCUUUAACCUUUUUUAACCUCUUUAUGUAAGGACUUUUGCACCCGUGGCCGAGUGGUUAGCGUCUCACAUUAUCAUGCCGGAUGUUCGGGUUCGAUUCCCGUUCUGGUCGGGGGAUUUUUCGUCAGAGAAAUUUCCUUCGACUUGCACUGUGGUCACGCGUAUUCUAGAGCUUGCCCCUCGGAAUACAUUCAAGGCGUGUUAUUUGGCUUAAGAAAUCUCAACUAAGUAUUAAUAAAUGACGCUAGUUAAUACAUACGUUGAGACGGCAAAAGUUCCACAGGGAACGUUAACGCCAUUCAAGAAGAAGAUGUAAGGACUUUUAACCAAAAUUUGACGUCUCCCGUGAAACAUUUCGAAACUAUUCUAACUAUUUCCCGAUUAUCCCGGUCAGAGAGCUUCGAUUUACGUGGGGCUCUGUUCUUUUUACCGUAUCCUUGAGUAUUCGUCAAAUAACUGAGAACUACUUGAUAGGAUCGUCCAAUACGACGAACAAUUUUUCUAAUUCCAACAUUUUCCUGGUGAAAUGCAACGAUUCGUCCUUUUUCUCUAUCCGUGACCACUUUUCCUUUCGGCAUUUUCUAGAUUAAUUAAUCAAACUAAAAACAACGGAAAACGUAACUGGUCUUAUAGAAACUUGACACUUGAAAAAUACAAAAACAAUUAUUUACGUUCAAGGCUUGCACACACACAUAUAUGUACCUUUUUGUCUCAUAUUCCAAACACUUUAUUUUUAAAGGUAAAUUUACUAAACUUUUAUGUUAUAAAUAAUUGAAUAAUGAAAACACAGAUAUUCUUUGGGAUAUAGGCUUAAUUUUGACAUCAUUUACAGGUAUCGAUAUAGCCUAUAAUUUAUAAUAUUAAACAUUUGCAAAAAAGUGACAGUCAAAACCAAAGAUAAAAUGUUUGCGUUAGCAAAUUCCGUAAAAAACGAGCAUAACUCAUUUUUUCAGUUUUCGUAGUUGUUUCAACUAUUUUGUUUGCUGUUUUCAUGUUAAACGGUGUGUUACAUCAAAUUGCAUCACGGAAAAAACGCUGCAGAAAUUGGCCCAGUAGACCGAUCCUUUUGAAAAUUUUAGACAGUAAAAUAAAAACUAUCAAACAACUUUUGGCAUACGGGCCCAAGCCCGUAUGCUCGCACCUUCCUCUUCACCCCGUCCAUAAGGUUCUGUACAACGUCAGUUUGUAGUUUUUUUUAACAGAAAUCCAUUUUCUCUUGAAGUCCGCCUCCGAUUUGACAACUUUUGGGUUCUUCCGGAGGGCCUGCUUCAUAAUCGCCCAAUAUUUCUCUAUUGGGCGAAGCUCCGGCGCGUUGGGCGGGUUCAUUUCCUUUGGCACGAAGGUGACCCCGUUGGCUUCGUACCACUCCAACACGUCCUUUGAAUAGUGGCACGAAGCGAGAUCCGGCCAGAAGAUGGUCGGACCCUCGUGCUGCUUCAAUAGUGGUAGUAAGCGCUUC